AUGAAGCAUAAUUGGUAUAAGGUCGUUAAAGUUAGUAAUGAAUUCGUUGUCAAGUUCGGUCCUACUAUCGAAGGGCUGAAUAUGCUCUUUGUCCAGAAUCUACGAAAAAUCAGGGUCCCCCGAGUUUACGCAGUUUACAACGAUCCCAAGACGUCGAUGAAAUCAUAUUGUCAUGGAAUUCAUCGAAGGCUGCACCCUGGAUGCCCAAUGGGCAUAUUUGUCUCAAUGCCAGAAAUCCGAGAUUUCGAUGAUCCUUAA